CUAGUGGGUAGUUAACUGCCGCUGACCGACAACAAGUGGGUAAAAAAAGGCUUCAUAAAAGGAAGGAAAUAAGAUCACCUGUUUGCCUGGUCAACUUCACACGUUGACGCACUUUUGCAACAGUGCUCAAAUUCUUUAUAACUGGAGAAAUUUGCAACAUUAAAUUGUUUUCAAAGUUAAAGCAUGGACUUCAGACUCAUAUCACUGAUCCUACUUAUACACAUUUCAGGCUGUCUAUCAUUGGACCUUCUCUCUGUGACCUGUGAAGAUGUUUGUGCUCUGAGGGAAAACACUGUGCAGCUGAGAUGUUCUUAUUCUGAAAUCAACAUCAAAACUGUGUUCUGGUUCAGCCGGAAACAGAGUUCAAACUGGAGAAAGAAAGAUGAACCUGAAGAUUUGACUUUAGACUGGGACUACUCAGGACGGGUGAAGCAGAGGGUCACAAACCACCAUUCAACACUCACAAUUUCAGACCUGAGAGAGAGAGACUCUGGAGAAUAUCAGCUCAUGUUCAUGAAGGAUGGAGUUAAACGUCUCGGCUCAGUCGCUGUCAAUCUAACAGUCACAGACCUGCAGGUGAGGAUGAAUCCUGCAACUACAGACCCAAGAGAUCAGAGAGUGAUGCUGACCUGUGAUUCUUCCUGUGAUUUGCCAUCCAGACCACAGAAUUAUUUCUGGAAACAAAAUGGACAAUAUUUAUAUUUAGGAGAUAAUAUAUACAGAAGCAUUAUUGUACACAAUGGAGCUGGCAGUUACUCCUGUUCUCUUACUCCAGACCAUAAGAUUUCCUCCUCUCCUGUGUGUAUUUCUAAGAGUGGCUGCUGGGAUGUGACUUACACCUCUAGAAGAGUCUGUGCUUUGAUGGGAUCAACAGUAGACAUUUCCUGCACAUACUCACAUCCCUCUGGUUAUACUGUAAUUAAAACAUUCUGGCAUUACGAUCGGCCUGGUGACUUCAAGGAUCUGUGUGAGAAGCGUCAGUUUGCUGGUCGUGUGGAGUAUGUGGGGAACACACUGAGAAUCAAAGAGCUCAAGAUCAGCGACUCUGGAGAAUAUCGAUUCAGGAUCAUUUCUGACAGAACAGGAGGAAAAUACUCUGGAACACCUGGAGUCAUUCUUACUGUUACAGAUACUAUGGUAACAAGCAGCCCAAACAUUAUAUCAGAGGGACAGGAAGUGAUAUUAAGCUGUUCAACUAAAUGCACUCUGAACGACAAACACACUUACAUCUGGUACAAGAACGGACGGCAGGAAACGGAUGGAUUCACUAAAGACAACAAGCUGUACCUGGACUCAGUCAGCGAUGAAGAGCUUCAAGAGUAUUCCUGUGCUGUAGGAGAAAUCCAGAUCACCCCAAAUCAAGCGGAGAGCACAGCUUUACGGAACACCGUAAUCACACUGUCCGUGAUUCUGGUUCUUGCACUCAUAGGAGUCCUGUGGUAUAGGAGGAGAAGGAAUAAUCCAUCUCAGCAGCAUGAGGAGAGAAAGGAUGAUGUACAGUCAGGUUAUGUUACACUGUAUGAUACACUGUAUGAUAAGCCUUAUCUACAGUCUGCACACAGGACGUAAAGGAUCAGGACGUUCAUUAUUCAACUGUUAAUUUCAAGCAGUCUCACAUAAAGGACUCAUCUUUGGCACCUACUGCUGUGCAUUCAACCUCAGAUGAUGUUCAUUAUGCCUCUGUGAAGUUCAGCUAACACUCAGUUUAGACCCGUCAUAAAAAAAAAAAAACUACUGACCAAUUCAACUGUUGUCGUCUGCUGCCAUAUUGUAACAAGCUUUUGCUCUUGUCAAAUGUCUAUUGAUGUCAUUUGUGUAGUGUCAAAAUAUAAUUUUACUGAAAUUAUACAAAAAUAUGGAACAUUUUGUAAAGUGACUGAAUAGGUGUACAUAGGUGUGUUUCUCCUGAAUUUUAAACCAUCUAAUAGUGUAUAUAUAUAUAUAUACAAUUUGCUUAAAUUGUUGUGGUCUGUAGGUGUCUUCAGAUGAAAAAAAAAUACAUUAUCUCACAUCUGUAUUUAAAAUAAAUGCUGUUCUGUAACCUUGUUUAUCAAAACAUUCUUGAAAAUAGUAACUAUUAUGGUUUUGGCUGUAUUUUUCUUCAAAUAAAUGCUGCCUUGGUGCACAUAAUCUUUUCAAAA